CAAGACAAAAAAAGAAACCUUUCACUCGCCGUCUUCUAUUUUUCACUGGGCCAAUUGCACUGAUUUAAAUGUCUUACCUUAUAAAAUGCAUACGCACAAAAAGGACGGAUGUGAAUUAUUAAAGAAGAAAAAACGCCAUGUCCUCAACCGCAUCUCACGCACCGAUGGCCCAUACCCGUGGGGCGCGGCACCUCAUGCCAACGUCGAAAGGUUCGGUGCACGGGCACACGCCCGUGCGAUAAUUGCAGCCGCACAUGCUGCUGCCUGUGCGAAUUCGUCGAGAAGCCACGAAAGCCAAGGCGGCUGUCGUAUUGCGGAUAGUUGGCUGGGUGACGAGGAAGAGAUGGAGACGGAUGUGAUGGCGCAACACUAA